GGUUGUGACAGUGGUUUCGGAUACUUAUUUGCCACUAAAUUUCAUUCCCUGGGAUACAUUGUUGUUGCUUGUGUAUUGGAAGAAGAUGGUGUUGGUGCAAAUGCUUUGAAAGCCUACAGCUCAGAAAGGUUGAAGGUGCUGAAGUUGGAUUUGAACCUGGAGGCCGACAUAUCGUCAUGCCAUCAGGAAGUAGAAAAGAUUGUCAGGAGCUUGGACACUGAAUUAUGGGCCCUUAUAAAUAACGGAGCGGUGACCAAUUACAUCGCUAGUGUUGAGUUAAUGCCAAUCGAGGUUUAUAGGAGAUAUAUAGAGGCCAAUAUACUGGGCACACUGAACCUAACAAGGAGGUGUUUGCCGUUGUUGAAGAAAUCCAAAGGUCGAAUCAUUAACAUAUCAAGUCUUACAGCUAGCAUGCACCUACCAAAUAUGUCCGGGUAUUCAGCUUGCAAAUCAGCUCUGAAUACCAUAUCAGACUGUCUCAGGCAAGAAUUAUAUGAUGAUGGUGUAAAAGUAUGCGUUAUUCAACCAUCUGGCUUUGUUACUGGU